AUGUUCGGGGGCUUUGGAGCAAAUGUCAAUGGACCCAACGAAGGGCCCCCAGAUGCAGUCUUCCCGUUCGGCCGCGGACAGUUCGUCAUCUUCGAACAAGUACCGAUGGGCAGAGGCCGCGGCCUUCCUCUGCAGCCGCCAGUAAGCGGAGACAAUCACACGGCGUUGUUUACCGUUCGAAACAGGUCAGCCUACGUUGCGGCAAAAAGCCAGGUGGGACGCAGCCUGCGCCCACCCAAUUGGAAAGGCAUUCGGGUGCCGACUUACCAGAAAAAUUUCUACCGUGAACACAUUAGGACAGCGUGGAGAGCUCCCGAAGAAGUGGAGGCCUAUCGUAACGCCAACGAGAUUAUCGUCACGGGACGCGGUGCUCUCAAGCCAGUCUUGCACGUGGAUGAAGCCGGACUCCCAGAAUCUGUAACGAAGGCAGUCGAGAAACUCAACACUGAUCCGCCACCGACCGCAUUGCAAGCCGAGUGCUGGCCCGUAGCACUCAGUGGCAGGGACCUGGUGGCCUUCGACGCCACAGCCUCGAAAGGGAAGUUUCUGGCCUACCUUGUCCCAGCCCUCGUCCACGUACAACAUCAGCCAGCCGGGCAGGUUGGUGGCGGACCUAUGGUGCUCGUGCUGACAGCGACGAGGGAGAUCGCCGAGCAAGUUUUCGCCGAUGCUCGCAAGCUUACCGAGGGAUCCAAGAUUCGAACCGUGUGUCUCGUUUCGGGAAACCCGAAGCAGCCGCAGGUAAAACAGCUGCAGGAAGGUGCUGAUAUCUGUAUUGCAACUCCUGGCCGUCUUACGGUCCUCAUGGACGAGCACAGGGUCAACCUGAGUCGUUGUACGCUCUUGGUUUUAGACGAAGCGAACCGCAUGCUUGCUGUUGGCCUAGGGAAGAAUCUUCGCACAAUUGUGGACAACAUCCGACCGGACCGCCAGACCCUCGUCAUGCUGGCGUGCGUAACGAGAGAGUCGCGGGAGCUUGCUGAAGAGUUGACAAAGGAUUGCAUCGACGUGAGCAUCGGGGCGGCGACCCUGUCGCAUAACGACCACCGCGUAGAACAUGUAGUCUUCGUUUGUGAAGAAGCCGAGAAGGAGGACAAGCUCUUCGCCCUGUUGAACGACAUCCUCAACGACGAGAGGGGCAGGGUCGUCGUAUUCGCCGAGACGAAGCAGACAGUAGAAUAUUUGGCGGUAACCUUGUGCAAUCUGGGCUGCCCGACCAUCGGCGUCCACGGGAAGAAGUCGAAGAAAGAACACAAAAGGGCUUUGGACACCUUCCAUUUGGGCAGAACUGCCGUCCUGGUGGCGACCGACAUGGUAGCGAGGGCGAUGGAGCUUCAGAACGUUAGCUGCGUCGUCAGCUACGAUUACCCGAGCAAUUCGGGUGAAUACCUGCGUCGCUUCAGGCAUGCGGCUCGGCCCGACGGCACGGGCAAGAAGUACACGUUCUUGGCGCCGAACGAAGGCGUACACGCCAGGGAGAUGAUGUGUUUCCUCCGACAAAACAAACAGCCUAUUCCACCGCAGCUACUUGUGGUCGCGAAUAAGGUGGCACGAAAAUAG